UGUCAUUUUGAAUGUGUUAUGACUUUUGAAUCGAUGAACAAUUGGAUUCAAACCAUUCAUCCAUUCGUUUGACAUUCACUUCAUUUGAUCCCACAUUUGGUGUGCAUUUCCGGCGCAUCUCAUCGCACAAUGCCGCGCGGGAGACGCAAAGCGAAUCAGUCGGCGCUGGAAGUGCCACAAGAAGUGCUUCACUUCGACGCGAAUGCCAUGAAUCCGAUGUAUAACCCGCCGGAAGACCCGUCGGGCUAUUCGGAGCCCACAUAUGUUGCUCGCGAUGACAACGACUACAUGCCAUCGAUGGACACGAGUCGGGGCACAGAGGACUCGAACGACACGUCUUUGGCCACCGAAGACGACCCGACGGCCAAACGCAGGGGUAGAGGACGGGGAAGGGGUGGCGGACGCGGCAGAGGGCGAGCCGGGAGACCGUCGAUGAAUCGGUUGUCCAUUACGGACACAUCGCUGAACCGGACCGUCGAGGACAGCAAUAGUCUGUUUGAGAGCGUAAGGGGCGGCCGAUCGGCGCUCCAGUCGGUGGUCGACGAGUGGAUCGAGUCGUACCGUCAGGACAGAGAGGCCGCCAUUUUGGAGUUAAUGCAGUUCUUCAUCAGGAGCUCCGGAUGUAAGGGAAAGAUUACGCCACACAUGAGGGAGAGCUUAGACAACGGA